AUGUGUGAUCUAAUGAUUAAAGUUGAAAUUAGUUCACUUCCAUUUUAUAGGUAUGAUAAAAUUCAGGCAUUUGGAAUCUUCCAUGGAGUGUUCCUGGAAUUUAGGGAUGUGGAAAAACUGGUAGCUGACAAUAUAUCCCUGGUUGCAGCUAGAAACUUCCUAGUAAUAAUUUGUGCAAGUACAAUGUCUGAUUUUUGGAUUGCUGUGUUCAUAUCAACCAUUGCUCGUCCCAUGAUCCCCAGCAGAGCCUUUGUGGGUGGUCAAAGGAUGAAGAAAAUCAUUUCACCAAGGCCAACCAACUUUACUGGAGUGACUGAAUUUGUCCUUCUGGGUUUAACCGAUCAUCCUGAACUGCAGGUGCUGUUGUUCGUUGUAUUUCUCUUGAUUUACAUAAUCAUAAUAGUGGGCAAUAUGCUAAUUUUUACUAUGAUCCUAAUAGACCCAUCUCUUCACACACCAAUGUAUUUCUUUCUCAAGGUCCUCUCCUUCUUGGAUAUCUGCUACUCUUCAGUUACCCUCCCCAAAAUGCUGGUGAAUUUCCUGUCUGAGGACAAGAGAAUUUCCUAUAUUGGCUGUGCUGCUCAAAUGUUCUUCAUGCUUUUCCUAGGGGCUUCAGAAUGCUUCCUCUUGGCAGCUAUGGCCUAUGAUCGUUAUGUAGCCAUAUGCAAACCUCUGAUGUACAUGACCAUCAUGAAUGAGAAAGUUUGCCUUUCACUAACAGUUCUGUCAUGGUUCUUUGGCAAUUUGGUUUCUCUGCUUCAGACAAUUUGGGUUUUUGCCCUGCCAUUUUGUGGAUCAAAUCAAAUCAAUUAUUUCUUCUGUGAUAUACCACCCCUUAUUAAACUAUCUUGCAUUGACACCUCUUCAUAUGAGAUGCAGCUCUUUACAGCAACAAUUCUAGUUAUUUUGACACCGUUUUCCUUCAUUGUUGUGUCCUAUCUUCUGAUUAUUUACAGCAUCCUAAAAAUGACAACAGUGGAAGGCCGUCAGAAAGCCUUCUCCACCUGCUCUUCACACCUCUUGGUGGUGACUUUGUACUAUGGGAGUGGCAGCUUGGUCUACCUGAAGCCCAAAUCCAUUCAGUCACAGGACAGUAACAAAGUGUUGGCUUUGAUGUACACUGUCAUCACUCCCAUGUUGAACCCAAUUAUCUACAGCUUAAGGAACAAAGAGAUCAGUGGGGCAAUAAAGAGGAUGGUGAACAAGACAAUGAAUCGAAAAAUAUUUUUCCAUGAGACAUAG